AAAGCGAAUGCGUAAUGCUGAUGGCUCAACAGUCUCCAAUAAAAAGGCCCACAGUCCAAAUACAGCUGAGCUUUUUAUUUUAUAGUUCAAAAAAUGCGUUUUGCACUUUCUGCACUGUUGGUUUUUGUGACUUGUGUAGCCGUGGCCUCUUCGAGAAAUCCGGCUGGAGUGUACGGUUACCAUCCAUAUCAGUACGCUCCAUCCUAUGAGCUGAACGCAGAGGCUAUAUACCCCCGACAGCUUAUGUGGUCGAUAAGCGACGUCAUAACUGUGGGUUUCCCAAGACCGACUGUGCGUGUAACAGACACAAUAAUAUCGACUAUGACUUGCACCAAGUCGGUGGCAAGAAAUUGUCGCCUCUAUCAAAGGCCGUUCAAACAAAGAUCACCGCCCGCUAACUCUGCUGCUAAAGAAACAUUUGAAGAAGAAUAUGAUGAAGAUGAACAAUUUCCUAUUUCUCCUUCUGUCGUUCAAGGUGUUGAGGCUACGCAAGUACCAGGCCGAGUAGUCCGUGCAGCUGAGCCACAAUAUUUUGUGAAUUCUCCGGCAUACAAAAAUUAUCCGUACGGCAUCGAAUCCGCUUUCAACAGCGGCCCUUACAACCCUGUGGUGAUGCCUUUUUACGGUUCAUACCCGGUACCAGCUGCUGUUCAACGCCAACUUUUCUCCGGGAUAUUAACUGUAACGACAACGGUGUCGACUGUCUUGAAAAUGGCCACCAUCACUAAAGUGCCACGGUGCUCCAGGGCAGGUCCAAUUGUGCAAUGCCCGAUAAAUCCUUAGCACUCUUAACCAAUUUCAUGUUAACAACAUAACCCAUAUUACGCCACUAUUUACUUCAACUGGUUAUAUUAAUGUAUUCGGACUCCAAAUUAUUCUGAAAUGGUUGGAUAGCGGUUGCGAGUGAAUCAUUUCCAAAUAUAUUAAGUCAAUUUUA